CUCCAUUGGAAAAGAUGGCUGCUUCGGCGGCAGCGGCGGGUUCUUUCCCUGGGUUAUGCCCAAGCUACGCCGUAAUAUGCUCUUUCCUAGAGCGGUACGGACCCUUGUUGGAUUUACCGGAGCUCACAUUUUCUCAGUUGGAGCGGUAUUUCCAGGACACAUCUUCAGUUCCGAAGCUCUUGGUGGACCUGCACGUGAAGUUGCUGAGGAAGAUCGGCAAGUCAGUGUCAGCAGACCGAUGGGAAAAGCAUCUUGUGAAGAUAUGUCAGGAAUUCAACACUACUUGGGCUUGGGAGCUGGAUAAGAAAGGCUACAAGGACAUGACGGUAGAAUGCAAGAUGGGAAUCCUCAAAUAUCUUUGCGAGAGCCAGUUUGAUGACAAUGUCAAGUUCAAGACAGCAAUCAACGAUGAGGAUCCAGAAAAGAUGCGACUGCAGCCGAUUGGCCGUGACAAGGACGGCCUGAUGUACUGGUUUCAGCUGGACCAGGACAACAACGUCAGGGUCUACGUGGAGGAGCAGGAUGACCUUGACGGGUCUUCUUGGAAGUGCAUUGUCAGGGAGAGAAAUGACUUGGCUGAGAUUUUAGCGUUGCUGAAGACUCAGAUUGACCCUUCGCUUUUGACGAAGAAAGAGGGAGAUGAAGGCACUCAAGAUGAAAAUGGCGGCGUAAAAAAGCUUGAGGCCAGCUCUGAAGAUGAAGAGGACAUGGUGUGCAAGGCUACAUCUGGUGUCGUCGUGACCAAAACAGAGAGCCAAGAAGAACCGUCGCCGAACAAAGAAGCCCACUUGGUCGUUUCAGGUCCCAGAUCGCCAUCGAAUGACGUCAAGGACGACCGAACGGAAUCCACCGUCCCGCCAGAGAAACCCGACGGGGACGAAAACAUCUCCACGAACAGACCGGCGAUCAAAGAAGAGCCUACGGAAGUGGUCACAGACACAAACGCAAAGGAACCUCUUUCGGAGAAGCCGUCUGCGCCAUUGCAGACGGAAGGCGGCGGGGAGGAAGUCAAGAAGAAGAAGAGCGCGGACGAGCUUCAGAGGGCGAUGAAGAACGACCAGCAGGCCAAGAUCCCCCUGAAGAAGAGGGAGAUGAAACUAAGUGAGGACUUUGACAACAGCAACAGCGGCAGCAGCAUCAUCGUUCGAAACCCAUCCCUUCCUCAGGUCAAAGAUCCUCCGAAAGUUGACGAGUCCGGUAAAGACUCAGCGGUGAAAGACACACCGGUUGACCAGGUUAACGGCAACACCCAGCAUCCCACCGAGGCGAGUUUUAAUAAUAAUAACGGGUUGAAAGAAUCUCCUCAGAAGGACAGAGAGACGCAGAAAAACUUGGCCAAUGAGAAGCCAGCAGUGGCUGCAUCCGGCCGUGAAAGUGAGGUAGCUGAAGCCAAAGAUAAAAACUUGUCCAAACUGACCGCAGUCGGGGACCGGGCGGAAGACAAACAGAAAGACGGCGAGGAGGCCAUGGAAGUGACCACGUCGAGCGGAUCGGACGCCCAAAACGAGGCAGCGGCGACAAAGGCGGACAAGAAAAACCCGGAAGCUUUGGUCCAAACGAAGGAAUCGAUCCCUAAUGAGGCCGAGUCUGCGUUUGCGAAGCCUUUACCUCCAUCUAAAGACAAAGUUGCACAUCCACCUGGGAACUCAUCUGAUGUUAAGAGGGAAGAAAGACAAAAUAAAUGCGAAGAGACGGCGGCUGCAAAGGCUGAUGUCGACGAAGACGAGGCAUCUGUAAAAACACACACAACAUCCCCGCCCAACACUUCCCGGGAACCAGAGGGAAAGAAAGAAACAUCUGUGUUAACUGUCCCCGGAUCCUCUUCAAAGCUGGAGGACCCCGAAAAAUCAGAGGAGAAAGUUCCCUUGAAGGAUUCCAAACCCGCCGAAAUCAAAGACGUGGAGAAACCCACUCUCGUGAAAGGGAAGCCAUCCGACUGCGAAAGAAUGGAAGUUGUCACUAAAGAAACCAAGAGACCGGAGCCCAGUACAGAUAGACCAGACGGCUCUAAGCUCUCAAAGACGCCAGUGCUCAUUAAGGAGGAUCAGGCACCAUCGUAUAACAAAGAAAGCAGAAAGACUGUUGGUAUCAAAGACACAGAAACGUCUUCGGUUAUUCAGAAGACAGAGAUCCUGACACAGAGUAAAAACACAGAGACUCUCGACAGCGCUAAAGAGACUAGCACCUCUUCGGUAAUUAAAAAGGCAGAUAAACCACCUCUUGAGAAAGAUACGGACUCCCCGAAUAGCAGUAAAGAGAAAGGAGAACACAUGAUCUUACAAAAGAUGGGAAAAGCAGAGGGAUCGAAACCAAUAGAGAGAAGUGAGACGCCAGUCGUAACCAAGGAGAAAUCGGAGCGUUCUACAGGCACUGACUCAAAGGGGAAGGAGGUGACCUGUAUUUCCCAGGAUACAAACUCGGAACCUAAAAAUAUUGAGAAACGAACAUGCCUUCAACUGGAUGAACAUAAAUGUGCUGAGAAAUUAGCUCCCUCUGUCGCUAAGACUUCCAUAAAGGAUACAGAAAAGAUGUCCACAAAUGAGACGGCAAAAACGUCCACAAAAGACAAAGAACAGAAGUCAACAAAAGACACAGAAAAUGUCUCCACAAAGGAGACAGAGAAAACGGCAAAAACUUCUGCAACAGACACAGCGAAAGAGUCGACAAAAGACAGAGAGAAUAUUUCAACAAAAGACACAGCAAAAGACUCCACAAAGGAGACAGAGAAAACGUCAAAAACUUCUGCAACAGACACAGCGAAGAAGUCGACAAAAGACAAAGAGAAGAUUUCCACAAAAGACACUGAAAAUAUUUCCUCAAAAGACACAGCAAAGGAGUCCACAAAGGAGACGGAGAAAACAGCGAAAACAUCUGCAAAAGACGCAGCGAAAGAGUCCACAAACGACAAAGAGAAGAUUUCCACAAAAGACACAGCGAAGGAGCCCAUGAAAGACAAAGGGAAGACUUCCACAAACAAACCCGAAAAACCCUCCAGCCCUAAAAAAGAAAAACUGGAAGCUUGUAAAGGCGGAGUGGAACUGGCAGAGAGAAAAACCGAUGUAUCUAAAGAGGCGAUGGCAGUCACAACUGUCGAUUCGCGCCAUGUACCUCCCAAAACACCGUCUGCAGAGAAGGAAAGCAAGAAGGAGUCAGCAGAAAUAAGUUCGAAAAAGUCAACAGACGAAAACACUACAAUGAAGAAAGACUCUAAAAAAGAACCUGCGAAGGAAGAUAAAAGCAAAACGUCGUCGGGAAACGAGGUUGCACAGGAGCAAACUCCCAUGGACUGCGAGGAACCGUUAAAAGGACAAGGUACAAAAAAGGAAGAAGCAGAGAACACACCCUCCCUCACGACGACUGAAGGUGAGAAAGACAAAAACCAAGACUCAAAGGCGAGGGAAGACGCCGAGGCAAAGGGGUGUCCUGAAACCGAGAUCGGUGAGAAGAACGACGAGAAACCUUCAGCUGAAGCCGAAAUAUCGAGCGAGACGAAACCGGACGUGGCGUCGACGGAGGACAAACCCGACGGGAAGACUGAGAACGAGGACAAGGAUGAAGAAAAGGAUCCUGAGGUGAAGGAAAAAGCUGCAGAAGGGGACAAGGGUUCAUCCGAGGUUCAGGAGGAAGGGAUACGUCUGAAAAUUAAGAUCCCAGCCCAUCGGAGGAAGGCAGACCUCCUGAGGGAAGAAAGGGGAGACUCUGAGUCUGACACGGGAGAGGGAAGGUCCCUCAGGAGGUCGCCCAGGAUCUGCAGACCGACUCCCAAGGUGGUGGAGUUUCAGGAUCGGAAGCUGGAGAGGAAGCAGGCCGCGCCCCGUGUGGAAAAAGGUGAGGAGAAGGAAGAGGAGGAGGAGGAAGACAAAGAGAAACGGGAGGAGGAGGUGGACGAGGAGGAGAAAACUCUUCAGAAAAAAACGAGGGAGAAAAAGCUUGAUGAAGAUGGCCAACCUAAGACCAAGGGGCGAAAGCGGAGGAGGACCCGGUGGUCCAACACCCGAACGCGGCGCAAAAAGAAAGGCUCCGACGAAGAGGGCUCCGACGACGGGGACUACGAGUCCAGCGACGAGGAAGACAGCGAGGACGACAGCGAUGAAGAUUACAAGGUUGAGAGGAACCGAAAGAGGAGGAACUGGUACAGACAGAGGCGCAGUUCCGACGAGUCGACCUCUUCGGAUGACGAUCUUCCUCCUAACGAUGACCCCUGCAAACACUGUGGCCUCCCCAAUCAACCAGAGCUGAUCUUACUGUGUGAUUCUUGUGACAAUGGCUACCACACUGCCUGCCUCAGACCCCCCCUCAUGAUCAUCCCUGACGGAGAAUGGUUCUGUCCGCCCUGUCAACAUAAACAGCUCUGUGAUAGGCUGGAGGAGCAGCUGCUGAACCUUGAUACCGCGCUGAAGAAGAGAGAACGAGCUGAGCGGAGGAAAGAGCGUUUGGUGUACGUUGGAAUCAGUGUUGAAAAUAUCAUCACCCCUUCAGUGGAGGUAGAGGAGGAGAAGGAGGAAGAGGUAAUCAAGGUAAAGAAAGAGGUAAAGAAGAGCAAGAACUGGGGUCGAAGAUCAACAAGGGCAAAGAAAUCGAUAAGCUACAGGUUUGAUGAGUUUGAUGAGGCUAUUGAGGAAGCGAUCGAGGAAGACAUCAAGGAGGCAGAGGGUGGAGGAGCCGGACGGGGUAAAGACAUGGCUAACAUCACAGGCCACCGGGGAAAGGACAUGUCCACCAUCCUGCAAGGGGAAGGGGGGAAGGAGAACGGCCGCCCGCCGCGGCCCAGCGCCGGCCAGCGCAGGAAGAAGCGGCGACGUCUCAACGACCUGGACAGCGACAGCACAAUGGAGGAGGAGGAGAGCGAGGACGAGUUCCGUCUGAGUGACAGCACGGAGGAGGAAGAGUUUGUGGUUUCGGAGAACGAUGCGGAAAGCGACGUCAACUCCAACAGCGACGGCGGGAGCAACGGCAGCGGCCCGCGUCACAGGUCCUCCCGAACCAGGAAGCCCGUCAAACGCAGGAAGGGCGCUCGGCAACCGCCGCCACGGCGACGACGCAGGCCGCGAGGUUACUCGGACGACGAGGAAGAGGAGGAGACUGACGAGGAGGAGGAGGAAGAGAUGGCGACGGAAGGUUCCAGCGAGUUCAGCGACAGCGACCUAGACAUGAGCAGGCGACGUUCCCGCCGGAGCAGGAAAAAGCAGGUGAACUACUGCGAGACGUCAGAGUCGGAAGGUUCCAGGGCGGGCGCCAACCGCAACAAGGUCACGUCCCGACGCCGCCUGGCCAGUUCCGACAGCGAAGCGAGCCUCUCCAAGGGCUCCGACAACGAGAGGAGGGUGAGCAGGAGGGCCGACUCGUCGGAGGAAGGUUCUCGCCAGAGACGCAGACGGCUCUCGCUGAAACGCCGGCGAGCCUCCGAGGACGACGACGACGACUCGGACGAGUCCGAGGAAGAGGAGCGGCCGGUCCGCAAGCGGGUGAACCGCAUCGAUUCGGACGACGACUCGGACGCCGCGGAAGAGGACAAGAAACAAGCACCUGAGCAGGAAGAGGAGGAGGGGCUUGGGAAGGGGGCGACGCCGCUGGAAUACAACCUGGUGGAGUUACCCCCCACCAACGGACAGAGUCCCGUGAAGGGUCUGGAGGGGCUCAUGAACCAACCGGGGGGGGGCGCGGCUAUGAGCGCGCCGGACCUCUUGGCUCACCUGGGGCCCAAGAACGUCAACGUUGCCACGCCCGUUGUUGCCAUAGCGCCCAACGGCCUGGUCUCCCAGGAGAUGGUGUCGCAGGAAGAUGAUGAGGACGACCUGUUAGGCGUCACAGACCUCGUGGACUAUGUCUGCAAUAGCGAACAGUUGUAAAAAAAAAAAUUUUUUUUGUAGUAGUAUUGUAUUUUUUUAUAUUGAUUUACUAUUCUGUUUGUUUCCCUCCAUUCUGUAUCUACACUCCAGUACUUGUUGACCAUCCCAUAAUGGUCUUUCGCAGCAGUAUAUGAACGACUACAUGAGUGGACAAACAGGAAAGAUGAAGGGGGGGGGAGAGAUCCUUCUCACUCUCUCACUUCUUGCUCUUCCAGCGGGCUUGCACAGUCACCAGUGGCACCGACUCAUUCUGUUCGUUUCGACGACGGGCAUCACUAGGCCGCGAUGUGCAAUCCUUUCACCCACGGAUGUAACUUCAGGUCGGACUCUGGACUGUAUAUGAUUCAGAAAUCAAUCUGGUCCCAAGUUGUAUUUUCUCCAGCACACUUCCAGGAUCACCUGGUACUUUUGCUUCCCAACAUGGCUGCCUCCCAACUGUCCUCCAACAGAGAUGAUGUCUCCCUCUGGUCUUGUUCCUCUGACAAAUUCCUUUUGUAUCAGUCUGGACAAAAAGACGGUGUAUGAUAUUAAUUAACUGUCUGUUCGUCUUAGUAGGAGAUAGAUCAGUGUUGUUUGUCCACACACCCCACUGUUAAGAUUUCAAAUGAAGAGAGAAUUGGCUUCAACAUGCAUUCCGUGGAUGGGUAAUUUGUUGUUUUGUAGAUUGUUGGCAAGAUUUUUUUUUUGCAAUUUGCCCUGCAAUUUUAACAUGUAGUUUACAGUUGUUUUGAGUGCUUAAAAUCAGAAGUAGAUCCCUGCAUUAAAUUAGACUAUUUAUUUUUAAGAAUUUAAUUCUGUAACAAUCAGUUGUUUGAUAAGCUUAAUCUUUAAUCAUUUUUCACUACUUUGUUUCUAUAUAUUGUUUGGAGGCUUAUGACUUCAUAAAGGUUAACUGGACACAGUCAUCUUUGAAACCUUCUUAUCGUACAUUUAAAAGCGGGCGCUUCAGACUAAUAUCUAUAGAAGAAACCCUGAUCAAGUUCAGAAGUAAUACAUCUAUGAAUCUCAGCAGUUGUUUUUAGUUUUUCUUGGAAAAAAAAGUUGUUUAAAUGUUGUGUUGUCAUGUUAUGUUUGCGAUGUUUUCCGUAUUAUUUUUUUUGCGAUCUAUUCGCCAUGAACACAGGCAGCUUCAUGCAUUAUGCCAAAUUACAAGUUCCGUUUUGUCAACUUUAUUACCUGGCAGUAUACCAUGACAAACCCUCUUUAAAUAGAUGUCUGUGUGUGCAGUAUGUGACCAACUAGACUAGAACAUCCUCGCAUCAAAACUCACACUUGUACUGUGUGAGCACACGUAUGUUUUAGAAGCAUUAAUUUAGUCUUUGUUUCUCUGUAUACAUAUAUUAAAUAUUAUUUUGUAAUUACUGCCAAUACUAUCAGUGAGUAUUGCCCGGGUUAACGUUUAAAGGGUAUGAUAGGGAAAUAAAUGAUUGGGAAUAUACCAAAACUGCCAGCACUCCUUAGGCUAAUUGUUUUGUUGUUUUUAUUCUGUCUUUUUUUAUAUAAAUAUAUUAUAAUGUGCUUUUUGUAUAUGAAAUCAUACAUUUUAAUUGUUUUCCCUUUUAAAUUGUAAAAUAGAUAUUGUUUCCUCUGUAUCAAAUAUGGCCCGUGUCAGUUGAAACCUUGGAAAGGUCAGGUACUCCUGUGCUCCCAGAUAUCGUUUUUAACCGACGCUCUGCGUCAUAUGUAAGUACGGACGCUAAAGACCAUCACUAUUUCGACUUCCCACUCUGCAUUUGAACACAAAAGGAGACGGUAUACUUUGUCUCUCGGUUUUUUUUCUUUUUUUCCAAACCUGUAUGUCAUAUUCAGAGCUCUUUUUAAGGUAGUCAGGCUAUUUACUACUGACUAAUGAACAGAGAACUAUGAAAACGGCUAUGGCGGACUGAUAUUUCACAAAGUUUGGGGAAAAUGACCAAAUCAACAAUAAGAACUCAACUGACCUCGGAUAUUAACGUGUGUGUAUAUCGUUUUUGCUGCAAUAGAGGCAUUUUAAUCAUGGAUAAAUAUCUCUGGCAAUUCUUCAGGAUUAUAUCUGUUUUUCAAUUGUUUCCUUUUUGUAGAGGGCUGUGAUUGGUAAAAGUAUAUUUUUAUUGUGGAGUGUGACAAUAGGCAUGUUAGUUGUGGAAGUCAUUUUGCUAGGAGCUGACACGUUGUCGCCAAAGGAUUUGCAAGGUCCAUAUAGCACAGAUCUUUUGCUUGAUGUUCCUCAUGACUCAACUGCAUGCACUGACAGACUGGCCUCGAUAUGUACGACUGCUGGACACAAGCGACCGUGGCGAUGGUUCUCAUUGGAAAAGUGCAAGACCUUUUCCACAAAGAAAAGCCCUUUUGUAAAUUGUCCAUGUAAAAUAGUAUUGGCAUGUUCUUCAUUGAUGAUAAAAACUGCUCUAUACGUUUGUAUUUCACACAAUGCGUUCAAUACUUCAUCUGCAAAGAAUGGUUUUUGGAGCUAAUCAUUUUUGUGCUGCUUGCAAUGUACUCAACUUGAUAAGUAUCGUUAACCUUUAGGUUAGUUUGUAAAAUGACAGGGGGCUUCCUCAUGGUAGCUGCAUUGUGGGAGUUGGAUGCAAAUGAACUGGUUUGACCAUCACAGAACGUAUUAAUAGUUGUGUAUGUUAUGAUGUUUCAUAUCUUCCUCAAGAUGUCUGGCCUACCUUCAAUGUAUUGACAUAAGAAGUAGCAAGAAUUGCAUAUUGACAAUUCUGUCACAGUAAAUAUAAAGAGAAAUAAAAGAAAUUCACGGGCUGAUAGGGGAACGUUGUUGCCAAUUAUCCAAGUUUACAGUUGUUCACUGUCAUACUUGGAGGAAAGAUACCUUUGGUGUGAACAUAAGCUUGUAGAGUCUGUGUUUGUCUAUUCCUCUUUUAAAGACGUUUUAACUUUUUUCUUUCAUAUGAAUCCGAUCUUGUACAUUUGUCAUAAUAAAAUGGUUUUUACCCAGA